AUCUCAGUCGAAAUCUGUGCUCCAGUCGAGCAACAACGCACGCCAACCAGCCCCACCAACAAACCAGCCCCACCAACAAACCAACCUCCACAGGAAGGAGCACUUUACCACUCACCAUUACCACAAUUGGAAUCAACUGAAUUUAAUCAAAAGAGCAGAAUAAACCAGUUUUUCUCGCCCAUUUAAACACUUUAAAUAACAAUUCAUAUCUCGCAAAAGUGAGACUUUUAGUGUCUCUCGCUCAAAAACUGAGAGAGAGAUUUGUUUUGUUCCUCCGGAAAUAUCAAGCUGUGCCAAUCGGAAACAUUGGUGUGGCAGAAAAUUUAAUGAAUUUUCGCAUGAACGCGCGUCAUUAGAGGCAGGACAAACUUUAUACUUUGACCCUCCAACCUAGUGAUUAAUUGAAUCGGAAGAAGAAAUCCUAAGGUGUGUAGUAACUAACGUAAUCAUCAUCUCAACAUAAUUGACGCCCAUCACUUACACCACACCACCAGCGGUUUCAAACAUUCUCGUCCAUGUCAUAAUUAAGAAUUGUGUGUGACAAGAUCGAUGGGGAGGAGAGGAAAAGUGACUGAGUGAGUGAAAGACGCACUCCUUUUACAACAACAAAGUGUGAAGAACAAUACAAAAAGAGGAGAAGGAGUCGAGAAUAAUGGAUGAAAAUUGAUGUCUUGUGUUGUUCUGUGACAUCAUUGUCAUAAUAUUUUGAGCCUGUUUCUUUCCAACAAUUGAAUACGUGGCGGUGUGACGAUAACUUGGACGCAUUGUGACAAUUGCGAGUGAAAGGUCCAGAGUAGAGGACUUGUUCUUUUUCACUUGGUGAGGUGAUGCUUCUGGGUAUAAAAAUAGCCCAUGUUGCGCAACCAACUCUUGUUAUGUUAACAUAUGUACACAGGACAAAGUUAGCGUAGACGAAACUCCUGCCUGAUGAGAUGCGAAGAGGGAGGGAGUGAGAUCUGAGUGAAAAUAGUAAAAUAUUUUCACCUCAAAAUACCACAAGUACAAACCAUCAUCUUCAUCCACAUCUCUCAUUCUCACCGAGAAGACGACCACUAAAACACACCAGAAUAACAGCAAGAGGACCCCACCACCAGCAAAUCCAAACUUUCACCUAAACCAACACGGGAUCGAUUUUUCGACCCAGGAAGAAUUACGACAUUCUCCAAACUCAAAUAAAUAAACUAUUCGCUGCACAAUUUAUCGCGGAAAAUAGAGGAGAAAGUAAGUAGUAGUUUUGAGGAGGAGAAAACUAGACCAGGUUGGUUAAAUUGCCCUCGUGUAUCUCGAGGACUAAGAGAAUUUAGAAAAGACUUAGAAAUAAAAAUCUUUGAUAAAAGUAAGCCGAGCGAAAAAAAUAUAUAAGUUUAUAAAAAGCCAGCCAGUGAGAGAGUAUCCGGGGAAUUUAGAAAUCGUCUGAAUUUUUUCCACGUGUGUGGAGUAGCAGAAAGCAAAAGCUCUCCGUGUCCCUAAAGAAGUUUGCUUUACACACAUACACAUUUUGCCAGUGCGGAAGGAAAGAAACAGCAGAAAUGCCGCAGUCUUCAGUGGUGUGGGUGAAAGUAAAGUAAAGUGAAAGUGAUCCACGAUCUCGGGCAGGCCGCACUACAUAAAUUCCCUCGUAUAGAAUUACGUACAUUGUGUUGAAUUCUAUUCAAUUCGAGGGGGGCAGAAUAGUAAGUAAGUAAAUUCUGCCUCUUUCUCUGGCCAGGACAGCACCACAACAACAACAGCUCUCGUGGUUUAUCGAGUGUAGUUAAUUCUUAAAGAAAUCAGACUUCCUUCAAGAAAGGAUUAUGCAUUAACUUUCACUUUCUUCAACUCAACCACCCGCCCGUAAAUAAAAGUAAAUUCCGGAAAAAAUGAAAUGAAAUGUUGAUUGAAAUUGUGGGAAAAUAAUGAGAAGGAUUUUUUUCUGUUCAUUCUAAAUCGAUCCACCACCAUUCCAUCAAGAAAGCAAGGAAGCAAAUCAAUAAAUAAAUAAGGAACAACCAACCUGCGAAAAUAAUAAUACGAGCCAAGACUCAUCACGUCUCUCUUUCGAGAGAAAAGAGUGAAAGAGCAGGAGAAAAAUAAAUGAGGAGAAAGCAGCAGAUGAUUCAAAUGAGGGAAGGAAAGUCGGCAAACAGAUGCAGUGGUGGUGGUGGUGGUGCUGGUAAUGGUCCUGCUUUCACCUCUGAUACACGUUCACAUCAAAAGAGCAGCAGCAGUAAAGCAGAAUCUUGCAGCAGUUGGACUCCUUUCAGAAUGAGAAGCACCACUUUCUCCUCCACGUGGCAGGCAAUGUUUCUCCUGACUUGUGCCCUCCUCGCGGUCCUAGAAAUCGGGAGCACCCUCGGAGCAGCAACCAACUCGUCAAACCCCACCCCCAGCGUCUUGGAGCGAGUCAUCUCCUCCCACACCGGUGGUCACCGUCACAAGUGCUACAUCUGCCUCCCCCCGGACAAAAACUCCGCCGAGGCGCUCGACAUUUACAAAAUGUUCAAGAACAGCGGCGCCAGCGAACGUGACGUUCAGGACUGUACAGGGUUUUCAUCUUCUAAGAACAAGAAGCCGUACGAAUUCGACUGCCCGGUCGGGUAUCAAGGCUGCGUGCUGAAAACGCAUGGUACGAACGUGUCCCGUACGUGUGCCCAAUUCCAAUUCAACACGUGCAGAGUGGCGAACGCGAAGGAGCUUUGUUUCUGCACGGGUCCCCUCUGCAACGACGAGAAGGCGAAUAUGAUCAUUUUCGCAGACUCGGAGGGGUCUCAACAAGCUGCGGCGGCGGGGGUCCCUCCGUCGCCACAACCGUCGACUUCUUCGUCGACGUCGUCGUUGGGAGGAGGAGAGUCCGUCUCGUCGGAGGAAAGGUCUCGCGACACGCUGGCCGAAGAACAGGAGGAGUCAGAGUCUCGAAAGUUCUGGCAAAAGGGCGAGACUGAUGAUGAAGACUUGCUCGAGAUGGCGGACGAUACGGGCAGUUCGGGAGACGGGCCUUAUCCCCCCGGAGUGAUUGAUGCCUACACGACCACGCCAAAACCCACGCUGGUCCCGAACAUUCGGGGCGACCGGGUGAAGACGACGCCUCCGCCGACGACGACGGCCGGGGGACCGAGGUCACCUUUCGCGUCAUCCUUCCCCCUCCUCCUACUCCUAGGUUCCUAUACGUAUUACCUCUCCUGCUACCUAGUCAAUAUGCAUCACAGACCUUAACCACAUUCAUUUCAACUAGUUAACAAACUACUAUUCGUAACUAAUUAUUUUUAAUUCACAAUUUAGUUUGUACAUAAAUAUAUAGCUAGCAACUCGUCGUGUCUUGCAGAAUUUCUUUUAUCAGUGGCCGCGGAAGCGUGAGGACAGAGGGACAAUGUCCCCACGGUUGUUCGAUGUCCCCAUCAUCUCCACAUGUUAUGUAAACCCCUCCCUCCCCUAUCCUACAAUGUUAAUGUCCCCACCCCUUCCGCGGCCACUGUUUUUUCUCAUACAUUCGAUCGGAACGUGGAAAGCCAAAGAUAGAUAUUCACAACAAAAUGUGAUGAUGGGUGGGUGACGGAGUGAAGUUAUUAUUCAGCCAAAUAGUCAAGUAUGUACUACAAAAUACUAGAGAGAGCGAAAAAGUCGAAGAUUUCUUAUUAUUAAUUACUGGUUAGUAAAGGUAAAUUAUCGCUAAUUGAAUGCUUGGCAUUUAUAAUUAAUUAAUUACCUAAGUGAAGCUAUCACUAACUAAAAUUGUGAUGGUGUACUCAGGCGAGGCGACGUACGUACAGAUACCUAAGCUUAAUUCAGUAAUAUGUAAGUGACACCAAUUCAAUCAGUAAAUGGAGGUAAAUCACAUUAAAUUAGAUAGAUCAAUUAACUGAUAUUUACAUAAAUAUGUAUGUGGCGUGGGUAGCUGCACUAAAUACUGAUCUGACUAGAUUUUUUCAAUUCAGAAAAAAAUCCUGUGUGGCAGCUAAUUAAUUAAAUGCAUUCGUCAUUCGUGUGAGUGAUUGAUGUAUUUAUCGUCAAUUUUAAGGAUACAAUAUACAAUUAGACACGAAAGAAAUCAUUUAUUGCCUCUGAAAAAUUUUCAUGGAGAAAUGUCACUUUGCAUAAAUACCAUAAGUUAUAUGAAUAGUUUGGUCGAUACAUAAAUUAUGGUAGAAACAGAGCUUAUUUAUUAAUGACUAUGUACCAUCACGCGGAAGGAAAAUUAAUUAGUAAAUUAAAUUAAUUAGCGGAUUAUUAAUUACUUGACGAUUCUGAAUAAUUUUAUUGAUUUUCUGUGGUCUCAUAAAUAGUUAUUUACCUUAUUUACAUAUUUACCUCCUACUUACAUAAGUUCGUAUUAUGUAUGAUUUACUCACGAUUACCUACAUAAAUAUUCUAAAACCAAACCAGUCAAGCAGAAGAGGAAUUGAUUGAUUGACUAACUAUUUAAGAUAAUUGAGGAUAAUAAGUAUAUAAUUAUUAAGUAUAUAAAAUCAAUCAAUCACAAUUAAGAAAUCAAUUAAGAUUGACGUCUGUGACAUGAAAAUUACAAACCAUUCCAGAUUACACAUUUCGUUUUUCAUGACAAAGUGAGAGAGAAGAAGAAGAAGAAAGAAAAUAAAUAAUUUUACCUUCACGGA